UGGGUUUGCGGGUUUUUUUAUACAGGAUUUGUCUAUUUAAAAUUGUUUUCAGACAGAAAUAUCAUUUUUAACUUCAACUUGUUCAUAAUGUCAGUUGACCACUGAUAUUUAUUACUUCUGAAUGUAGUUAGAUCCAAGUCUUUUAAGGUAACAAACAUUGGCUAAGAUGUUGCAACAUCUGUCUUGGGAUCAGUGGUAAUUUGCAGUCACACGCACACCUCAGAUGUCUGGCAGAAUUGGCACUUACCCAGAGUCUAUUUUAGUCUAUAGGCUUCUAUAUGAUCAAGAUUUUCCAGAAGUCUUUUUAUGCUCCAUCAGAGGGUUUUGUUUUUUUAGUAAGAGUUAAAUCCAUGAAAUUCUGAAAAUUUCUAGAAUAUUAAUGUCAUCUACUUCUUUCUCAAACAACCUCAGAAACCUUUAUGUGUUUGAAAUGCAUUGGCUCUUUUCUUUCUAUUUUUCCAGUUUGGAAGGGCAGGGAAAUUGAGGAAAUGAACUAGAUUUAUAUCUAAAGCUGGAAUGUCAAUAUACAGUUUGAACUUAAGAUUCAUGAUGGUUGCUGAGUACAAAUUAGUUAGAAGUAAUCUAGACUGGUCAUAAUAGGCUGAACCAACUAAUUUUUCAUUUUGUGGCUCAUUGUGCAAUUUUGUGGAAAAAAAAACAGGUAAUGAUUCAUAUUAAUGUCCACAACAAAAAACUAUCUUUGGUGGAUCCCCAUGAUUUGUAGAUGGCUAUAAAAGAAAAUUUCAGCCAUACAUUGAAUCACAUGGAAUCUUCUGCUUGUUUCUGCAUGCAUAUGUCAAAAAGUUAAUCUCUUUACUGCCAACAGACAAUGGAAGGUAUGAGGUGAAAGAUAUGGACUUCCAACACUGGAAGAGAUGAUCAGUUGAAUAUGGCAUGAAAAGGGUGGCAUGUGGACUAACCUGUGAACAGCAUGCGGUCCUUCCACAUUCUUAGAUCUCCCUGCUCUCCAGAUCCAAGUUCUUGUGUUUGAUAGUUGCCUCUAGAUCCCUGACUUCACAGAACCUAUCAACUUUCUUCACAAUAACUAUGGACAUUUUUGCAAGUUUGUAAAGAAAUGGACAUUUAUUGACUAUUCAUUUUAACGCCUCACUGCAAUAUGAAGGAAUAAUUUUUAAAUUUGCUUUUUUGACUGAAAAUGUCUGCAAAUAUAGGAAAGAAAUUAUGUUAUUUCAAAAUAUCUAUCAAGAAGUGGAACAAGAAGUAGCAGAAGAAAUAUAAUAUUUUCUGGUUAUGGUAUAGUUCUGGAGUGGAAUUAAAACUAUAGUACAUAGUUAGCCUACAUCUUCUAAAUUAUGGAAAUUUUGUGGAAGACGUCGACCUGGAUUUUGUGCUUAAUUAUGGUAUUAUCAGAAUAUCACGGUGACAGCAGGCUUUCAUAUAGUUCUCAAGAGGAAUUCCUGUCUUAUCUUGAACACUAUCAACUAACAAUCCCAAUAAGGGUUGACCAUAAUGGAGCCUUCCUCAGCUUUACUGUGAAAAAUACUAAACCCAGCGGAAGAAAGAAGAGAAGUACUGAGUUUUAUGACCAAGAACUGGCAGUUUCUAAAUUAUUUUUUAAACUUUCUGCCUACGGCAAGCACUUUCAUUUAAACUUGAGUCUCAACACAGAUUUGGUCUCCAAACACUUCACAGUAGAAUAUUGGGGUAAAGAUGGACCUCAGUGGAAGCAUGAUUUUUUAGACAACUGUCACUAUACAGGAUAUUUACGUGGCCAGCAUGGUACAUCUAAAGUAGCAAUAAGCAACUGCAAUGGUCUGCAUGGUAUAAUUGCUACAGAAGAUGAAGAAUAUUUUAUUGAACCUUUAAGGAACACAAGUGAACAGUCUGAUAAUUUUCAUUUCGAAGUUGGUCAUCCACAUGUAAUUUAUAAAAAAUCUUCACUGUAUCAUCAGUUCUUCUAUGAUCAUACCCAUUGUGAUAUUUCAGAAGAACUCAUGGGAAGCGGUAAACCUUGGUGUUUGAACAAUACUGUUGCUUUUCCAUCUCUUCUACCAGUUAAUCAGACUUUGAACAAUCAUCAUCGAUUGAAGAGAUCAAUAAGCACUGAACGUUUUGUGGAGACGCUGGUAGUAGCAGACAAAAUGAUGGUGGGAUACCAUGGGCGCAAAGAUAUUGAACAUUAUAUUUUGAGUGUUAUGAAUAUUGUUGCCAAACUUUAUCGUGAUUCCAGCCUAGGAAACGUUGUGAAUAUUAUAGUGACUCGUUUAAUUGUCCUCACAGAAGAUCAGCCAAACUUGGAGAUAAAUCACCAUGCAGACAAGUCCCUUGAUAGCUUCUGUAAGUGGCAGAAAUCCAUUCUGUCUCACCAAAGUGAUGGAAACACCAUUCCAGAAAAUGGAAUUGCCCACCAUGAUAAUGCAGUCCUUAUUACUAGAUAUGACAUCUGCACAUAUAAAAACAAGCCUUGUGGAACUCUGGGCUUGGCCUCUGUUGCUGGAAUGUGUGAGCCUGAAAGGAGCUGUAGUAUUAAUGAAGACAUUGGCCUUGGCUCUGCUUUUACCAUAGCCCAUGAGAUUGGUCACAAUUUUGGUAUGAACCAUGACGGAAUUGGAAAUUCUUGUGGAACCAAAGGUCAUGAAGCAGCAAAACUUAUGGCAGCUCACAUUACAGCAAACACCAACCCCUUUUCGUGGUCAACCUGCAGUAGGGAUUAUAUCACCAGUUUUUUGGAUUCAGGCCGUGGUACUUGCCUUGAUAAUGAACCUCCGAAGCGUGAUUUUCUUUAUCCUGUGGUGGCCCCAGGUCAGGUGUAUGAUGCUGAUGAACAAUGUCGCUUCCAAUAUGGAGCUGCAUCACGCCAGUGUAAAUACGGGGAAGUGUGUAGAGAGCUUUGGUGUCUCAGCAAAAGUAAUCGCUGUGUUACCAACAGUAUUCCAGCAGCUGAGGGUACUCUUUGCCAAACUGGGAGCAUUGAAAAGGGGUGGUGUUAUCAGGGAGAGUGCGUCCCUUUUGGCACUUGGCCCCAGAGCAUAGAUGGGGGUUGGGGUCCCUGGUCAAUAUGGGGAGAAUGCAGUAGGACCUGCGGGGGAGGAGUCUCAUCAUCCAUAAGGCACUGUGACAGUCCAGCACCUUCUGGUGGGGGAAAAUAUUGCCUUGGAGAAAGGAAACGAUAUCGCUCUUGUAAUAUUGAUCCGUGUCCUCUUGGAGCCCGUGAUUUUCGAGAAAAACAGUGUGCAGACUUUGAUAAUAUGCCAUUUCGAGGAAAAUUUUACAACUGGAAACCAUAUACAGGAGGUGGGGUUAAGCCAUGUGCAUUAAACUGUUUGGCAGAAGGUUAUAACUUCUAUACUGAACGUGCUCCUGCAGUUAUAGACGGAACACAGUGCAAUGCAGAUUCCCUGGAUAUUUGUAUCAAUGGAGAAUGCAAGCAUGUUGGAUGUGACAAUAUUUUGGGAUCUGAUGCUAAAGAAGACAGGUGUCGGGUAUGUGGUGGUGAUGGGAGUACAUGUGAAGCUAUUGAAGGUUUUUUCAAUGAUACACUGCCGAGAGGGGGCUACAUGGAAGUGGUUCAAAUUCCUAAAGGUUCUGUUCACAUCGAAAUCAAAGAAGUGGCAGUGUCAAAAAACUACAUUGCUUUGAAAACUGAGGAGGAUGAUUAUUAUAUUAAUGGAGCCUGGACUAUUGAUUGGCCUAGAAAAUUUGAUGUUGCUGGAACAGCUUUCCAUUACAAAAGACCAGCUGAUGAAGCAGAAUCUUUGGAAGCUUUGGGUCCUACUUCAGAAAACCUUAUAGUUAUGAUUUUACUACAGGAGCAAAAUCUGGGGAUAAGGUAUAAAUUCAAUGUUCCCAUCUCUCGUACUGGCAGUGGUGACAAUGAAGUUGGCUUCACAUGGAAUCACCUCCCUUGGUCAGAGUGCUCUGCUACUUGUGCUGGAGGUAUGCAGAAACAAGAAACAGUAUGCAAAAGGCUAGAUGACAGUUCUCUAGUCCAGAACAAUUACUGUGAUCCUGAUAGUAAACUACCAGAAAAUCAAAGAGCCUGCAACACUGAGCCUUGUCCACCUGAAUGGUUUAUAGGUGAUUGGUCAGAAUGCAGUAAGACUUGUGAUGGAGGAACGAGAUCACGAACUGUUUUAUGUAUCAGGAAAAUUGGACCUUCUGAAGAAGAAACGUUGGGGAGUACUCAUUGUUUAACACAUCACCCAGUUGAAAAAGAGUCCUGUAACAAUCAAUCUUGCCCCCCACAGUGGGUUCCUUUGGAUUGGUCAGAAUGUACUCCAAAAUGUGGACCUGGUUUUAAGCAUCGUAUUGUUCUCUGCAAAAGCAGUGAUCUUUCAAAAACAUUUCCAGUUGCACAUUGCCAAGAAGAAAACAAGCCGCCUGUCCGCAUGCGCUGCAGCUUGGGCAGGUGUCCUCCACCACGAUGGGUUACAGGGGAUUGGGGACAGUGUUCUGCACAGUGUGGUCUUGGACAACAGAUGAGAACUGUGCAAUGCCUCUCAUACACUGGGCAAGCCUCCAGUGAUUGCCCUGAUACUCUUCGACCUCCAUCAAUGCAGCAGUGUGAGAGCAAGUGUGACAGUACCCCUGUCUCUAAUGCAGAAGAAUGCAAAGAUGUGAACAAAGUGGCUUAUUGCCCACUGGUGCUGAAGUUCAAAUUCUGCAGUCGAGCGUACUUCAGACAGAUGUGCUGCAAGACUUGCCAAGGACAUUGACCAGCAGAAAUCGAAAGUGCCUUGUUGCUUCAUUGUGCAAAUGUGUCCAUCUAAGAUUUCUGCACCGUGCAACCAGUUAGAUAGUCUACAUUUAUCACCCUGUGGAAAAUAUAACCACUGGUCAGCUCCAGCUGACAGAAUUACAAAAUUAUUUUAACUUCUGUGAAGUGGGAUUUAUUCAUCCAAAGUGCUGGACACAGUAUAAGGAGGCAACGCCAAAAUGGAAAACUAUACCCAGCACAUAGAGAACAUAUGUGUACUUUCAACUAAAUCCUGUUUACCUCCUUGGACCAUUAAGAUAAUUGUUAUUAUGGACCUAGAAGUGACACUGAAUCCAUUUGUAUUUAAUAUUGUUAAAAUGUAGUUGUUAUGGUUUGGUCAUCUAUAGAAGUAAAGAAGAAUUUUAAAAACUCUGUCAUAGCUUAUAAUUAAUAAUUAUUUUAUCUUACUAUAUAGCACCACAACUUAUCGUAAAGAAGUGGGCUUGGGAAUAUUAUUUUAGAAGCAAUUAUAAAUCCAAAGUAAAACAAAUGUAUUUUCCUUUGUUUCAUCUAAUUUUUUAAAGGAUAAUCCAUAUUUCCAGAGGACUGCAGUGAGCCAUAUAUAAAGCUAUUAAAAAUGCAUCAGGUAUUACCUGAUUGCAUCAAACAAUAAAUAUGUGCUGCAGGUUUAUAGCUAUCUUGCCAUUUUACAAAUAAAUUGGGAUUUUUACUAAAGGGAAUGUAUUCAUACUCCAGUUGUGAAGAACAUAUUUACUAUUUCAGUACUUAUGUAGAGACUGCUUAAAACAAACCUUCUCAAAUUCACAACUUCUCCCUUCAAUUACAGAAAGGCAUCUCUGUGGCAACUAAUUACUAUGUAAUUAUCAAUGAUGAACUGGCUGUAUAGUGGAGAAUGGUCUCUUCUAAUAAUCAUGCUGAAAGUCUUCUGGGUGUUCAUUUCCUUCCUCACUGAAACAAUAGAAGAAUGUUUUAUGAGAGAAUGCGAGGAAGAGAAAAUAUGAGUUUUCUCACUUUUGGACAGUUACAAAAUAAACAAUCAAAAAGUACGUAACUGAUAAGAAAUAUUUCAAGUUGAAGUACCAUAACUCUUAUAGUCACUAUAUCAAUCUAAUAAUAUUCUGAAAUGUACUUAAAUGUGAAGCCAAGCUCCUUGGAUAAAACAGUUCCAAAAUCCAUUGUGAGUUAAGCCUGAAGGCCAUACUUCCCCCACUCCUAGUCCCUUCUUUGUCAAUCAGACAACAAAGAGAUAAGGAAAGUGGGUACUUGUUUAUAUUAUUAUAAUUGUACUUGAACACUUGCAGUUUGCAGCAGGUCCUUGAUGAAUGUGCUUUUGUGUCCAAUUUGCCUCCUUUGUUGUAGUGCAAUUGAGAUGAUGAUGUGAACAACAACAACACCUUGUAUUAAUACUAGAAGUUAAGUGGCACUUUUAUAAAAUAAUAUUCUUAAUGAGACAAAUUUUUUAACAUGUUAUGGUAUCUAAAUGUGUCAAUAUAUUUAACGAACUGCAGUAAGCCAAAUGUGUUGAAUGAUACUUAACUAAUGUGAAUUAACAGGAAAUAGAGAGAGACUUGUGUUAUGGAGAAAUAUUGACAAUCCUUCUGUAGGGUUUUCUGUAGACCAUAACCAUCAAACUCCUGUCAGAUGCUACCUCUUGACAGUCAUCUCCACAUACAUGUGAGCAGUAGAAUUCCUUUUUAGUAUCUAGCCUUACCCGGAGCCAUUACUGCUCAGUUGCAAUUUACACAACUGUUAGUGGAAUGAAUGCUGAGGAAGGAAAACUAUACACAUUUAGAAUUUAACAUGUAGGCAAGAGAGCAACAUAAUUAGUGGGUGAAUUACUUUGUAUAUUUGUUCAUUAAGAAAAUAUAUUGGUGCUAAUAUGCCUUGAUUAUGCAAAGGUACAAUAGAAGAGAUAGCUGUCAUGAGGAUAUUUUCUAGGCAAAAUACCACAGUGUAACACCCUCUGGUUCCUCUUAAACAUCAAUAUAUUUAUUACUUAAUGUGACUUUUCAAUUAGCAAGAAAUGAUGGAAUUUAUUCUUACCUCAUUUAGGACAUUGCCUUUGCAAAGACUGCUUUCACAAGCAUAUUUUGCUCUUUCAUUGGUGCUAGAUGACCAGGGAAUCCAGUGUUUACUUUGAAGCAUAAAAAGAGCAAUGAGUUGGAAUUUAAGAAACCCUUUCCUUGGAGCAAUGUUGACUUGCAUUGCUAAAAGGAAAAAAAAACACAGAAUGUAUUUGAAUUAUGAAUGGACCAAUAUGUAAUGCCCCACCCCAUUAAAAUUCUGAAUAAAAAUUAAUCAUUUGUUCUGACAGCACAGGACAUUGCAGCUGCUACACUAUAGCCAUUUAUGUAAUUAUGAUGAAAUAGACCAAGUAUUAUAUUCAUAAAUAAUGACAAUAUGAUGUUUGUAUAGGCUGCACCAAGAUGGGAAGAUUAACAGUUCUAGAGCAGAUAUUAAACAAAUGCGCUGUUGGUUUUUCCAUUGAGCAGUGCCACCAAUUAAAACUAUCAAACUUACAGUUCAGUCAAAGUAUACAUCCAAGUUUUUUUUUUAGAAGGGUUCAUUGAUGCUAUGGAUAACAAAAGUUUCCUUAACUGUUCAGAAUGAAAAUGAAUUCUUUUAUUGUGAUUAUUUGCUUCUUAUUUUAUAUUCAGUAUUAUGUGGUACACUGUUACAUUGUUAUAAUUGUUUUUGCUUUUGUAAAUUAUAUGCUAAUUUAUUUCCAUGUUGUCUAACACAUGUUCUUACAUGUCAUGCAUUCUGCUGCUUGUAACACUUAAUGCAGUAAAAUUCCACACCAGGCACAGAUUUGUUUUUAACACAGAUAAUUUAGUAAAAUAAAAAAUGCAGCUUUUAAGAAUGA